AUGGCCUACCAUCCAUUCCUGCAGCUACCGAGACCCACUGACUUCAGCGUAUCGUCGCUGUUGACUGCGGGCUCUCCGCCUCAAGGACAGAACUCGCCAAGCGCCGGAGGUGCCGGAGUGGCAGCAGCUGCUGCCGCGAGUGCUGCCGCUGCCACCGCCGCCAACGUUCCGUACUUUCCGGCCGCCGCAUUAGCGGCCCUUUCAGGUGCCCCCGGUGGGCCACCGCCACAUUUGUACCCGGGGGCACUAUUGCCAAAGUUACCACCACAUCAUCCGCAUCCGCACCAUCCGCUCGGAACGGCGUACACGACCGCCGAGGACGUCGUAAUGGCUGCCGUCGCUGCCCACCAGCACCAUUCGGCGAUGAGACCGCUGCGAGCGCUACAACCAGAAGACGACGGCGUAGUCGACGACCCCAAGGUGACACUUGAGGGCAAAGAACUGUGGGAGAAGUUCCACAAGCUCGGGACGGAAAUGGUCAUCACGAAAAGUGGCAGACAAAUGUUCCCGCAGAUGAAAUUUCGCGUGUCGGGGUUAGAUGCAAAAGCUAAGUACAUUUUGUUACUGGAUAUCGUGGCAGCGGAUGACUAUCGGUACAAGUUUCACAACAGCCGAUGGAUGGUGGCCGGCAAGGCGGAUCCGGAGAUGCCGAAACGAAUGUAUAUCCAUCCGGAUUCACCAUCAACCGGCGAGCAGUGGAUGCAGAAGGUUGUGUCGUUUCACAAGCUGAAACUGACCAACAACAUUAGUGAUAAGCAUGGAUUUGUAAGUACUGACUAUUUAUAUUCCCACAUUAUAGUAAAAAUGAUUUCUUGCAUUCCUGAAGAAUUACAUCGUUCACAAAUAUUUACAUCUGCUAGCGAUUAG